ACUGCGGCCUAAUGUGAUGAUGAUUAUGAUAAAGACAAUGAAUAAUUUUAAUUCACAGGAAUGUCGAGCCGUCUGUGCGUGGCAUUAUAAACCUAUUCAGUAUGAUCGAGUGCGCGACCGACUGCAAUCCGUGGCAUUUAAAAUACUAUGGAAACUAUUGCGGCCUAGGUGGUUCCGGUACACCUAUUAAUGAUAUUGACAGUUGUUGCGAACAACACGACGCGUGUUACGACGACAACAAAUACUUGUACGGCUGCUCGAGCAGCAUGUAUGUGUCACCGUACGAAUGGAGCUGCAACGACGGGUACCCGUCUUGCCACGACGGGUACGACAAGUGCGGGCUGUGGACUUGCGUGUGCGACAAGGCAAUGAUGGAGUGCUUGAAUGACGCCGGAUGCCCUUAGUUUCCAACGGCAU